UUUAGGUUUUAAAUAUAAAAAACCGGUCAUAUAUGCGGUUGUCUUUUGGCUAUUCAACUUUAUCUUCACAAGUUCAGUUUUCAACAUGCUUCUUACUGCCGCGGUGAUACUUAUUGUGCUUAUCAUAGUUAUCUUGGUCGAUAUUAGACGACCCCAUCGGUUUCCACCAGGGCCAAAAUGGCUGCCGUUUGUCGGCAACUUUCCGACAUUUCAAAUAGAGAAAAGAAAAUUUGGCUUUUGCCAUUUGGUUCUUGCCGAUUUUGCUAAGACUUACGGCGAAAUUACUGGUUUGAGACUAGGGAACAUGUUGCUUGUGUCUGUGUCAGGGUCCGCAGCGGUCAAAGAAGUACUUACCAGGGAUGAAUUCGAUGGUAGGCCCGAUGGGUUCCUCUUCAGGUUACGCACGUUCGGAGAAAGACUUGGUAUCGCCCUGUCGGACGGCGAAUUCUGGAAGGGACAGAGAAAAUUUUGUAUGCAAUAUCUACGAAAAUUCGGAUUAGGAAGGAAAGACAUGGAACUAAUUGUGUUUGAAGAAGCUCGCGAAUUAGUCGAUUGUUUAAGGAGCAAAUGUGCCCAACCGAUAACGAUAAACAACACGUUUGAUAUCAGUGUUUUGAAUGUGUUAUGGGCUUUGCUAGCCGGCGAAAGGUUCUCUUUGGAUAAUCCCCGUCUGGCCGGUUUGUUGAGCAUUAUCCACGACGCUUUUCGGAUUGUCGAUUUCGGAGGGGGCAUCGUUAAUCAGUUGCCUUUUUUAAGAUUUGUUGCCCCCGAAUACAGUGGCUAUAAGCAGAGUUACGCCAUCCUUAAGAGAACGUGGCAAUUUCUUGAAGAGGUUAUAGACGAACAGAAGAAAACGUUUUCUGUAACGCAUUCGAGAGGAUUGAUUGACGCAUUUUUACAACAAAUGACGGAAUUGCAAGGCCAAUCGGACACAUUUACAGAAAAACAGUUGUUGUCGAUUUGUUUGGACCUGAUGAUGGCGGGAUCAGAAACGACUAGUAACACUCUCAGUUUUGCCAUGCUGUACAUGCUUAAGUAUCCUGAAAUACAGAAAAAAGUUCAGGACGAAUUGGACGAAGUUUUGGGGAGAAACAGGAGUCCCACACCCCAGGACAGACUUAAAUUGCCUUACACUGAAGCUGUGAUAAUGGAAAUCCAAAGAAUCUGUAGCGUAGCCCCACUUGCUGUCCCCCACAGGACCAUGCGGGAUACGGAAUUACGGGGGUAUUGUAUCCCAAAAGAUACCGUAGUAAUAAUUAACAUUUACAGUGUCCAUAUGGACCCAAAAUUCUGGAAGAAUCCUUCCCAGUUUCACCCUGAGAGAUUUCUAAAUGAUAAAGGAUCACUUUCUAUACCAGACUGGUAUUUUAUACCUUUCGGACAGGGUAAAAGAAGGUGCCUAGGGGAAUCCCUGGCUAAAACUAGCUUGUUCUUAUUCUUUACCUCGAUUUUAAAUAAUUUUCAUAUCAAAAAUGAGUCGCCGGACUGCACUGGUCAUUUUGAAAUCCACGAUGGUUUAACUUUAUCGCCAAAACCUUUCAAAGUUCGUCUUGUUCCUAGAUAAGUUUGCUAACUUUUUUAUAAUGUACAACAACAAUGCA